CUUCUCCCUCGGCAGCAUACUCCUCGAGGUUUAAUCCCCCCCUCAGCUCCUCUCCAUCGCCCUGCUCACCUCCCAUCCGCCGCCAUGUCUCUCGUUCUCCCCGGCACCCAGAUCCCCCUCCCCUCCUCCUCCCGCGUCACCCUUGGGCCCGGCAUCGCGCCCGCCCCGUCUCGCGCGGACCCGCUGUCCACCGAUCCCGCGUACACCUCCACGCGCGUCGGCCUCCUCUCCUCCGCCGCCAAGGGCAAGGCGGCAGACCGAGGAGAGUCGCUGUGGGUCGAGGGCGUGAGCAAGCGCUACGUGCCCGCGCAGCGCGACAUCGUGCUCGGCUCCAUCAUAGCGCGGCACGCUGAAGGGUACCGCGUCGAAAUUGGGAGCGCGCACCCGGCUGCGCUCGAUGGGCUGGCGUUUGAGGGUGCGACGAAGCGGAGCAAGCCGAACUUGAAGGUUGGAACGCUUGUAUAUGCCCGCGUAUCGCUCGCGAACCGCGACAUGGAGCCCGAGCUGGAAUGUGUCGAUCCCGCGACCGGGCGAUCAGAAGGCUUUGGCGAGCUCAAGGGUGGCCUGAUGGUGCCGUGUUCGCUGCAGCUGUGUCGCAAACUGCUUGGCCCAAAGUACCCCCUCCUCCCGUUCCUUGCUGCGCACAUCCCAUUCGAGACAGCGAUUGGACUGAACGGACGUGUGUGGUUCAAAGCAGCCAGUAUCGAUGGCACAAUCGCCCUACAGCGCAUCAUCGAAGCCGUGGACGCCGGAACGCUGGACGCGACGGACAAGAGCGCCGUCGACAAAGCUGUCAAGCAGUUUAUGGCGUGAGAACUGUGUCAUGCCAGAGGUGUGUUCGGACUCGCUGUCGCUCGUAGGGCGCUGCAAGGGAGAACAAUAUACGAAGAUCACGCGAAGUCUGACGGCCUGUGUCUCCACGUACGAAUCGCGUCCACCAAGCUCGUGCUUUGAGUAGACAACCUGCAUUGUAUUCCAUCUUUUAGGCUUGCAUGGAGCCAGAGUGCAUCAUAUCGUCGCCAUCGAUAACGGGAUGUAUUCGGGAGAUGGGGCCUGAUGAUGCGAG